CUUGGAGGGGCAGGUGUUGUUCUCAAUGUAGAGCAAGCAUUCUAUCUCUGGCUAUCUCUCAUAUACCAUCAACUUUACAGGACAGCAGCCAUGCAAGCCCCACUCAUCCUUAUCCUCUGCUCUGCGGUCCUGCUGAAGGCCGACAAGAAGAAUUGUCCACACAAUCAAUACACAGACAGCGGGGAAUGCUGCCAUACAUGUGGAGUAGGAGAGGGGGUUGUACAGCGUUGUGGAGCAAAUCAGACUGUCUGCGAAACCUGUCUUGACAGCGUGACAUUUUCCGACACUGCUAGCCACACGGAAGCUUGUAAGCCAUGCACAGAAUGCACUGGAAGCAGACGUAUGAUAGCUCCAUGUGUGGAGACAGAUGACGCUCUAUGCGCUUGUGCCUAUGGAUCUUUCGAGGAGGACAACAAAUGCAAGCAAUGUAAGACGUGCCCAAAGGGCAAGGGCAUGAUAAUGUCCUGCACAAUGACCCAAGACACUCUUUGCGAGACGUGCCCGGAAUUCACCUACUCAGACGUUGACAGCAGCAUGGAUCCCUGCCUACCAUGCACGAUCUGUGAAGACGAUGAGAUAACGUUGGAGGAAUGCACUCCCACGUCUGACACAGUCUGUUACAACCCAAACCCACCUGCCGACUCAGUGACGCCUUUCCCGCCAGAACCAAAUAUGACAACACUGAGCAGUACUAUUUUGAAACCCAAUGCCAGCAGCACAAGCCCUGAGAAUAAAGACAACGUUCACCCCAGCGGGGCACCAGAGAACCUCAUCCCCGUCUACUGUUCCAUCCUCGCAGCGGUCAUCGUGGGACUAGUGGCAUUUAUUGUGUUUAAACGGUGGAAUAGUUGUAAGCAGAACAAACAAGGGGGUAACAGUCACCCAGUAAACCAGACACCAUCUCCUGAGGGUGAAAAACUGCACAGCGACAGCGGUAUCUCGGUUAAUAGUGAUAGCACGGCAGAGCAGCCAGCAGGUAAUACUCAGGGCAAAAAUGACCUCCAUCUCUACAACAAUCUUUCACCCCACAAACAAGAAGAGGUGGAGAAACUUCUUGCUGGGUCUGUGGAGCAGACUUGGAAAAGUCUUGCUGGAGAACUCGGGUACCAAGAUGAGUUGAUAGACACAUUCACUCAAGAGGAGUUUCCAGUGCGGGCUUUACUUAGCGAUUGGUCCAACAAGGAGAGUGCUACCACUGAUGCUCUAUAUUCUGCCCUCCGCAAAAUCCAACGGGAUGAUAUAGCCCAGAGCUUGUACAGUGAAUCCACUGCUACCUCACCUGUGUGAGAAAGGUAGAGAAGUGGUGGGACAGAAGGAGGAUGUUCGUGUUGACCUUACCGAAUAGAACAUCCAGCCUGAUACGUGAAGGAAAAGUUUGUCCCUCUUCUCCUGAAAUUCCCAGACCUCCCUUUGUACCCAGUAUUAACGGGCAAUCCGUCUGCACUGAAGCAUUAUUUUCAGUAUUUUGGUGUGUUCUCUUCUUCUCUAAGGACUUCUCACGUCCAGAAUAUCCAGGUCUUCUCACUGUGAUGGACAUUAAGACGCUGAGAUAAGAAUCAUGAACUGCGGACGUUUAGACAACCUUUCGAAGAUUCAAGAUUCACCCCAUCAACCCUCGUUCAAACCCUUUUAUAUUCUGAUUUUAUCUUGCUUUUACAGGCCUCCACUGGUGACCCCAAAAACUUUGAAGUGUCUAUAACCCUACAGGGCCUUUAUAAGGGAAUUUGUAUACUGUGUGUAAUAACAGGGUAUAGUGACACUGAAAUUGCCAUGUUCUGAAGGUUGUGUCACACACGCACUUAGAAAGACUGUAUCAAAUGCAACCCAAAGAUUUUGGCAUCCCAUAGCUUGAUUUACACACAUUCAACUAACGCCUCUUUUGCUGACACACAAACUUUUAACUUGUGUAGGAAACUCUAAAAGCCAUGACACAUACUCCAAAUAGUGCCAGAAAAAAAUCUUCAUCUGACAUUUGUUUUCACGGUGUGUGCCACCUGUAGAUAUGUCACAUUCUAACUAACCAAAAAUGUUUCAGCCAUAACUUGUACAAUUUUUGUUAAGGUGCCACACACACUCUGAUACUGCAAGUGCAAUGGACUUUAUGUAUCCUUUUGUCACUGCACCAUGUUGAAAGGAUCACACAUAGAUUCAUGCUUAAAGCUAAAAAAAAGGCCCAAGACAAAUGCUUUAUUUAUAAUCUCUGUCGGCAAGGAAUCCUAAUUGAUUUAUUUCAGUUACAAAAGUAACUAAUUCCAAAAAAUUCAUAAAUCUCUAUGAUUGAUAUUAACAUGUUUCAGAUUACCUAGAUUAGUGCUGUCUAACUUUUCAAUAGUAUAAAGAGGCCUUCAUACUAUGCUAUUUUGGAGGCCAUUAAUGAUUUAAUUAUUGGUGUAAUAAAACUAAACUUAGGAACCUUUCAGAGAGAACUUGGGCUGUACGGAAAUCCUACAUCUGGCCUUAGUUCUCGAGUAGAAUAGCUACAAUCUAGACCACCUCUGUAUUCAAUUAUUUCCAUACACCACUUGGCUAUUUUGCAUUUGAUGGUAGAUGUUAUGAAACUCUGGGGGGUUCUUGUCACCAACAAGAAAAUAUUUGAACACAGAGCAGUGAUGUGAGGAACCUAGGACCCGAUGAUCUAUCCCAAGUCUUGACAAAUUAAACUAAGAAUGAAAAAAAGAACAGUUCAGUAAAACUUCUGCUAAUAUAGUAGGCUUGAAGUAGGUGCACAUAAACUCAUACAGCCUUUUCACAUUUAGAAUAUUUGUUGAAGGAAAGGUGGACCUCGAUGCCUUUCUUUAAAUGGUCUAUGCACAUAUUUUUAACCAAUUCUAAGUGUUUUAUUUUUUUUUAAAGAUUUUUCAGUAUGUUAUAAUAAUAUUUUGCACCUGUAUUUAGAUGCCAACUCUAACUUUUGCCUGGCAUCAGCCGAACCUCAUUGACGAACCCUCUAAAUGGCUAAGCCAGCCAUUGGGUGUUGCUGAAAUUUUU